UGGGCCGGCCCAAAACUGGGCGGCGCAGUGCUGCUCUUCCCCCACCCCAACCAUCCCCGUCGAGGGUUUAGGCACCUGCUCGCGCCGGCGCCGCCCUUCUCACGGUUGCGUCUCUUCCGGCUGGAGCGGCUCCUACCCCCCACGGCAGGCCCCGGCUGCGGCGAUCGGAGUCACCAUGGAGCUUGAGGGGGGAGACACCAUGGAGCUUGACGGGGCCGCAGCAGGGCGUGCCCACGCAAGUGGCGGCGGCGGCGGCGGAAGCUCGGCUGGCGACCUGGACGACCGGCUGAGCGCUCUACCGGACAGCCUGCUCCACACCAUCAUGUCGUUCCUGAAGGCCCGGCAGGCGGUGCAGACGUGCGUGCUGGGCACGCGCUGGAGGCACCUCUGGCGCUCCGUGCCGUGCCUCGACGUCGACCUGGAUGAGUUCAGGGCUGUGCCGAAGCCUUCCAACAACAACCCUGACCCUGAUGAUGACAACUCUGAUGUUGAAUUCGAAGAAGAAGACGAUGACUCGGACGACGGCAACAACGAAGAAACCAAGAACAAUGAGUGGGACAACUUUGAGGAUUUUGCUGAUAGCCUGAUGCACCACUGCAACAUCGCUCAGUUGGAUUCCUUGAGGCUCCAUGUGAGUAAGAGCAGGGCACCUAGUUUCGCCGAUAAACAAGCAGGCGGGUGGCUCAGGCGCGCGAUGAAAUACUGCACCCCAGGUCCUUGCCGUCAACUCGAGGGAUUGAGGUCCACCGAUUCCUGGCGCCUCAAGAGGCUCUAUCUCUGCAAUGUGGCUCUGGACUGCCGUUUCGCGAUUCAUGUCAGUUCAGCAUGCCAAUCGUUGGAGGACUUGGAGCUGGAUGAUUGCAUAUGUGCGAUUCACGUAAUCAGCUCCAACUCACUGAAGAGCUUGGUUCUGAAAAACUGCCGAUGGAAUGUUCUUGCUGGUAUUGCUUCGCCCACACUGAAGAGGUUAGUUAUUGCUGGUGGCACGAAUUCUUCUGACGUUGUGCUGGUUAUCUGGGCCCCCACGAUUGCUCGUCUGUGCCUCGAUGUGCCUCUUCGCUUCGCCAAACGUAUUGCAGUAAACUAGAGGUUUCGGGUUUCCAGACGGUGGCAAAUCCCCGUAUUUAUUAUCUAUGCUUUUGUUUUAGUAGCCUAUGUAAGACUUUAAGGAGAUGCAUCCUUCCAAGUGCUAAAUGCUGACUUAAGUUGCUCAACGUUUUCUGAAUUCUUAGCGCAUCGCUUGAACACACUUUGGAUCAUAUGUCAGCAUUCGUUCCUUAA